AUGGUAUGCUUCAUCUGUGAACAUAAUUUGCCAUUCACAAUCGUCGACCACAUGGUAAAUCUAUGCAAGGCUAUGUUUCCUGACUCCGACAUUGCUCAAGCAAUGUGCAUGAAAAAAACAAAAUGCACAGAGUUAACAAAAGCGCUAGGUAUGUGUAUGACAAAUGACUUGGCCAGUAGACUAAGAGAAAACAAAUUCUCCCUUAUCAUUGAUGAAAGUACUGACGUUAGCACGACGAAAUGUCUGACAAUAGUUGUCAAAUUUUUUGACAAAGACAUGAAAAGUUUCAAGACAGGCACUCUGCAACUCAUCAAUAUGUAUGACGAAAAUGACGAAAUGGUAGGAUCAACAGGGGAGAACUUGUUUAGAUUGAUCAUGAAUACCUUGCAGUCCUAUAAUAUACCUUUAGAAAAUUUUGUUGGCUUCGCUGCUGAUGGAGCAGCGAAUAUUAUGGGAGGUAACAAUUCAAUUAGCAGUAGGUUAAGGGAGGAAUUUCCAGGGAUAGCUAUUUUCAAAUGUAUUUGUCAUAGUGUUCAUUUAUGUGCAUCAGAAGCAGUCAAAUAUUUACCAAGGCAUUGCGAAGAUCUCGUAAGAAAUAUUUAUACACACUUUGCCCAUAGUGCAAAACGGAAGCAUGAACUGAAACUUGCCCAAACAUUUCUUGACCUAAAGCCACACAAAAUUUUACACCCAUGUGCUACACGAUGGUUAUCGUUGCACGCAGCAGUUGAACGUGUAGUCGAACAAUGGAGUGCUUUGAAGCUCUAUUUUUCUAAAAUUGAGGCGCAGGAAAGACUAAAAUCAGUUGAAUUCAUUGUUCAAAAUUUAAGGGAUCCAUCCGUCUUUCUAUACCUAAACUUUUUAAAUUUCAUUCUUCCUAAAUUUAACAGACUCAAUCUUAUGUUUCAGCAAGACGCUCCAACCAUUCAUUUGCUUCAUGAACAUAUUAUUCAGCUUUACAAGACUCUAUUAGAUAUUUUUGCCGCAAUGAGUUGUGGACAAGGUCGACCUUGUAGCCUUCAUCCAAGUUUAGCUGUAAAUCACAUGCCACUUCAGCAGAUAUAUUUGGGAUCAGAGGUUCAUGGUCUUCUGCAAUGGAUGAGUAUAAGCAGGAUAAGGUAUGGUAGCAACGAUGUACCGCUCUAG